AUGGAGUCUCGCCUAAAUCGUCUGAGUCGAGCCUUAUCUGAAGCUCAACAACUUUAUAAUGACAUUACAAAAGAUUUCAUUUCUCCCACUGUGAAGAAACAACAACAAGAAGAAGAAGAGCGGGAACUCUUAAAGUAUAUACGACGUUUAGGAUUUCUUUUAUCUUCUCUUAAACUUCACUUUACUCGUGUGAAUAUUAUUCCAGAUGAAAAGACUAUAAUGUUAAUCUCUCGUACAGAAUUAUUUUUAUCCGAGUUUCUCUCUCAAUAUAUUCCAAAUAGUGAAGUUCCUCUUUCCUGUGUGGGUUUACUCUGCGAGAGUCGUUAUUCUAAACCACCGUUUGCACAUCAGUCGUUGUUUCUACUGCACGAAGAUACACGUGGGGAAGUUGUACCAGCGACUGUGUUGGAUUGUCCAUAUAAUGUAGAUGAACCUUCCAUAGAUACUACUUCUACUAUUAAUAAUAAUAAUAAUAAUAAUAAUAAUAAUAAUAAUACACCUUUGAAAGGUUCUUCUUCUUUUGUGAGUAUGGGAACUACUCCAGUAGUGGGGGAAACUUCCACAAUGGCGUAUGAAAAAGUAAUGGAUGAUAUUAGAGGAGCUAUUCAAGGAAUGAAAGAAGGAGCCACUCGUAUGAGUGAUUUUAUGCAGCAAGAACGUGCAAGUUUAGAUGCGAAUGCGUUACUUUUACAACGUGGCGUAGAUGGGGCUAAAGCACAAUGUAAAAGUAUAGAUAAAUUAGGAUCUGCAUUUGGUGGAGGACCUUCACUUCCUCGUUUUCUUCAUAAUGUGCCGGGAGCAGGAAUGGUUUGGGAUAUGAUUAUAGUGCCUUUUUAUGCAAUUGUACGACAGGCACUCUUUAUAUCUGCGAUUAUUGCAGUAACGGGUGGAGUUUUAUUGCUGAUGUUAACAGCACCUAAAACAUACGCGUACGCUCGAUAA